AUGCCCACACCCGAAGAAAUCCUUACCGAGCUGGAGGGAUUACGCAUUAAACGUGAAUCACUAUUUGCUAGAAUUCAGAACGUUCUGGAUUCUUCUCGAACCCUAACCUCAGAAAAUGUUCGCUUGUUUCGACCUCGAAUUGAUAAAUUAGUGGAAUUGGAGGCAAGAUUUGAGGGAAUUCAAGAUCAAAUAAUCGACCGCAAUUCGCAAAUAAAAAUUGCUGCAGAUAAAUUGGAGGUUCUAAAUGUCCAAAAAGCAUGUGAUAAUAUCAUCUACGAAGUUCGUGGAAAAUAUAUGGAUCUGAUUCGAAGUAUGCCAGCCUCGAGCGAUACCAGUUCAGCCCCACACACGUCCACGGCUAGCAAAUCCUCUCUACCUAAUAUUGCCAUUCCAAAGUUCAGCGGAAAGAUCGAAGAUUGUAAUAAUUUUAUUUCUUUGUUUACUUCAAUUAUUCACAAAAACGCAACGCUUUCAUCAGCGGAGAAAUUUGUUUAUUUGCGAUCACUGCUUCAUUCCGACGCAUUAGCAGUCAUUUCGGCGCUCGAAGUCACUCCCGAAAAUUACGACCUUGCCUUCGCAGCUCUACAAAAUCGUUACCAAAACAAAAGAAGACUCGCCAUUCAUUAUCUUUCCCAAAUCAAAAAUUUUACUGGUUCAUCUUUGAACACCCGCAACGGCCUUCAACACUUUCUCAACAUUCAUUCAAACUCCAUAAACGCUUUGAGAGCUCUGAAUAUUCCCGAUCUUGCUGACUUUCUCUUGUUCCAAAUGGUUUCUGAAAACCUUGAUACGAAUAUUCGUAAAGCCUUUGAAGCCAAAAUACAGAGUAACAGCAUUCCCACGUAUAAAGAAUUAAUCGACUUCGUAACAGAACAAUGCAAGACAUUUGAAGUUGUCGGCGCUGCUGAAACCUCCAACACGAGCAAAUCGCGCUUAAAAUCUCUACCAUCCAAGCGCCCCAACUCUUUCCUUACUAAAACGAAGGAAAAUAAUAGCCCUGGAAGCUCUCGAAAGGGACUACCACCUGCACCGACGUGUCCAUUAUGCCAAAGUAGUCAUUCACUAUCACGUUGUGAAGAAUUUCUCGCCCAAGGUAUCCAACAAAAAUAUGAUACGAUAAAAUCUCUCAAACGAUGUUUCAACUGCCUGGGUAACCAUUUCCUAACCUCUUGUGCUUCUACAAAUACGUGUAAACACUGCAAUGGCAAACAUCACACACUCUUGCAUGCAGAGAAGGACAGUACAAAGGAAAUUCCACCGAAUAGUACUACUGUAACACUAUCCUGUCGAACUACGAACAACCUGCUUCCCCAUCAUGUUUUAUUAGGAACAGUACAGCUUUUUAUUCAAGAUGAAGCUGGAAUCUUUUGGCCAAUUCGAGCAGUUGUUGAUCCUGGAUCGCAAAUCUCCGCGAUAACUUUAAGAACAGUGAACAGAUUGGGUCUUAGGCGAUCGCAAGCAAAAAAUAUCGAGGUAAGUGGUAUAUCAGGAUCAUACACAAAAACCCAAGGAAUAGUGAACUGCAUUUUACGUUCCAAAUAUUCAUCUGAAAGUCUCAAGGUCAAUGCUGUGGUGUUAACAUCCAUCGCCAAUAAAUUGCCUACGCUUCCUCUACCAACUUCUAUUCGUCAAAAAUUUAUGGAAAUCGACCUUGCCGAUUCUUCCUUUGAUCAACCUUCAAAAAUAGAUUUUCUUAUCGGUGCAGAUAUUUACCCACAUAUUUUAUCACCUCAUUCACCACAUAUAAUUUCCGGGAAUCCUUCUGCGAUUCGAACACUUUUUGGUUGGAUAAUAAUGGGAAAUACCUCAAUAGAACACCCUACUACCUCUUCAGUUUCGUUACUCGUCGUCAACCCUUCACUGGAUUCUUUAUUACGACAAUUCUGGGAGCAAGAAGAAAUUGAGAUUUCAAAACCUGUUAAUCCUGAUGACGUAUUUUGUGAAGAACACUUUCUUCAAACCCACUCUCGUGAUGCUUCUGGCAGAUAUUCUGUGUCUUUACCCUUCAAAAAAGGAUGUACUUCCCUUGGUGUAAAUAGACACAUUGCCAUGAAGAGCUUCUUUAACUUGGAAAAGCGUUUACAUAAACAACCCGGAACCGAAGCGCCGUAUCAAGCCUUCCUUACUGAAUAUGAAGAUCUACGCCACAUGAAUGUCAUUACAAAGCCAUCGUCCUACAUUUUGCCUCACCAUUGUGUUUUCAAGCAAACGAGUUCUUCCACUAAAAUAAGAGUCGUUUUCAAUGGAUCAGCUCUCGAUUCCAAAGGAAGCUCAUUAAACGAACGCUUACUACCCGGCCCUAAACUGCAAAAUGAUUUGUCCGAUAUUUUGAUAUCUUUUCGAGUUCACGAAGUUGCCAUUUGCGCUGAUAUCCGCAUGAUGUACCGGCAAAUCAUGCUAGUACCUCAAGAUCGACAGUUCCAGCAUAUCUUUUGGAGAUCAAAACCCAACCUUCCUGUCCAAGAGUAUGAGCUUAAUACCGUUACUUAUGGACUAACCUCAUCCGCAUAUCUCGCACAGAGAGUUCUUCAUCAAUUAGUCACUGAUGAAGGAGCACAAUAUCCUCUCGCCUCAAAUGCAUUGAUUGCGCACAGUUAUCUGGACGAUAUUGUGACUGGAGCUGCUUCAAUGAAAGAAGCGGAAAAGCUUAAAACCGAACUGAUUAACCUUUUGUCCAAAGGUGGAUUCGAGCUAAGAAAAUGGUGCAGCAACCUUCCUGAAUCACUGAAUUCUCUGCCUGCACAGUAUCUUGAAAAUCCCAUAGUAUUUUCGACAGAAGAAUCUGCAUUUAAAAUUCUUGGGCUCAUGUGGGAACCAAAUUCGGACAAUUUCACAUACCACACUCAUCAAUUUCAAGGUCCUUCCACGAAAAGAACUAUUCUCUCUUACAUCUCUCAGAUUUUUGAUCCUCUCGGCUGGUUGACGCCCGUGGUUUUUUGGGCUAAACAUUUCUUACAACAAUUAUUGCUCUUUCAGUGUGAUUGGGACGAACCGCUGAAUCCAAUUCUCCGACAUCAAUGGGAGACAUUUGUUGCAGAAAUCCACCUUCUCCAACAAAUCAAGAUUCCAAGAAAAUUCCCAAAUGAUUAUCAGCAACUCCUAUUAAUAGGCUUCUGCGAUGCUUCCUAA